AUGCCAAUCCGUCGCGCGACACCUGCCGACUUCCCCGCCAUAAAUGCCGUCUGCGCCGCUGCUUUCCACGAUGACGAACUAUUCGGUGACAUGAUACACCCGCUGCGCGACCAAUAUCCAGAAGACUUCGUGCACUUCUUCGCGCGGCGGAACCGCGAGAACUGGUGGGAUUACGCGCACGAGAUAUGGGUAGCGACCGUCAUAGAAAACGGCAAAGAGAAGAUUGCUGGAAUGGGGGAGUGGGAGCGCAUGGGCAGGGCGAACGAGGGGUGGGGGAUCGGGUGGUGGGAUCCGCGACAACUCCUCAAGCCCGCACAACACCAUCUCAACACCCUCUCCGGCCGCAUCUGGCCCAACCGCGCCGCCAAGGAACUGCGCCUUGAAAACGCCUUUGUGGAAGCGCACCCCUUCUUCCACCAUCACUGGUCUGGCGCGAGAGCAGACAGCUGGUACCUCGACCUGCUAGCGAUUCAUCCCGCCUACCAGGGUCGCGGACUAGGAAAGGAGCUGGUGGCCUACGGUAUGCGGAGGGCAAAGAGAGAUGGUGUCUGUUGCAGCGUUGUUGCUUCGCGCAUAGGAGAGAAGUUUUAUCUGACGUGCGGGUUUGAUACCCCAGUGGGAUGGGCAACGGAGGGAGAGGGCAAUCCGCUCAAGGGCGCUGCUGGGGGUCGAAUAUUGUUUCGGGAUGCAGAUGAGCUUGAGAAAGACGAGGAUGAGGUGUGGAGGGUUAGGAAUGAAGGGAGCGAUCGUGAGAACGAGCGAACGAAAUGA